UAGCAAUAUCAAUCCAAAGACGCCGUGUAAAAAAAAGUACUGUAUCUUGUUUUGCUUUUAAUUUUAUCCAGCAGCUUUGAAAUCAGUCCACUUAUCAUAUCCGUGACAUUUUCUUCCUCCCCAUCCCCUUCAAAGCGUUGUCUGCUGCUGUUGUUGUACUUGGAAAUUUGAGCCCUCCGCCAGCGGGACGCGCGCUGAGAGAAAAUGGGCGGGAACGCAGCGUUGCUUCUGUUCAUUUCGCAACCUGGAAACGCUCAAGGGCCAGCCGCAAGUCCAGCGCGCCGAUCCAAGAAUGGCAACUGCGUCUUCCGAAAUACGCUGAAGCGCAGCUAUUUUGUAAGCCUUGGAUUUGGGUGAGGAAAGCGGCAAAAGAAAGCGAGGAGGAGCCGAAGCCGGGGUUGUGCUCAUGUGACCGCUAGCGACACAGGGCUGGGGCUGCUGAGUAGUAGCUGGAACUGCUGCUGCUUUUGCCCGUUUUUGGAACUAGGUAACAAGCGAGAGAGACCGGAGGAUUCGCUCCUCUCAAGGGUGCGAAGCCGCCUCGCUCCAAACAGAUGAUGGCGAUACGAGAGCUGAAAGUCUGUCUGCUUGGAGAUACUGGAGUUGGCAAAUCAAGUAUAGUUUGUCGAUUUGUUCAGGAUCAUUUUGACCACAAUAUUAGCGUUACUAUUGGAGCUUCUUUUAUGACUAAAACAGUCCCUUGUGGGAAUGAGCUUCAUAAAUUUCUAAUCUGGGACACAGCAGGUCAGGAGAGGUUUCAUUCACUGGCACCUAUGUACUACCGUGGAUCAGCAGCAGUUGUUAUAGUUUAUGACAUAACUAAGCAGGAUUCAUUUCAUACACUGAAGAAAUGGGUAAAAGAAUUAAAAGAACAUGUUCCUGGAAACAUUGUAAUGGCUAUUGCUGGAAACAAGUGUGACCUUUCUGAUAUUAGGGAGGUACCUAUGAAAGAUGCCAAAGAAUAUGCAGAAUCUAUAGGUGCAAUUGUUGUUGAGACUAGUGCCAAAAGUGCAAUUAACAUUGAAGAACUCUUUCAAGCAAUCAGCCGGCAGAUUACACCUUUAGAAACUCAUGAAAAUGGCAACAGUGGAACAAUCAAACUCAGGAAGCAGACUGCUCAGACAACACGAAGAUGCUGUUAAACAAACCAGAACUGGUUUAAUGCACUUGAAAAUAAAACAAGAUCAUUUAUUUAUUGAACCACGGACUUCAGAAAGCCAACAACAUGGUACACUCUCUAAAAACAGUAGUAUCAGUAUUCUUUAUUGAUGGGAUUAGUAGGAGAAAAAUGUCCUUCCAAUGAGUUCUGCAGAAUUAUGUAGACAAUUCGUUUAAGCAGUAAACUGAGUGAAACAAUGACUCAGAUUAUUUGGAAUAAUCUGUUUAAACCGUUGACUAUUCUAAAGAAGCAAUAAGUACAUUUUUUUAACAAUAUUUUUUUUUUGUAUUUUCAAUAUGUUUCUCGUUAUUUAUAAUUUUACAGAAUUAUAAUACACAGUAUUUUAAUCAAACAAAGAACAUUUUAUUUUACUGGAUUUGGCUUCUAUGAUUUUUUAGAAUUAUUUUUAAAGGUAUAAAUGAGGUACUUACACUUCUGCAUCCAGUACAGAUAAAAUCUAGUGACAACAAUUCAGGUAAAUGUUAAACUGUUACUUCUGCAUUGGAAAAGCAAAAUCAUUGAAAUGCAAACACUUUUAAGUUAGAAGCAGAGGUUUUGGAUAUACUAAAUACUGCAUGUUAAAUGAAAACAGAUAUUUCAUAAAAGGCCAAAAAAAGACCAGGAUACACUUUCUAUUGAAUUCAUUCAAAUUUGAAAUAACUUAACACCAACCUGGCAGUCUGAAUACAUCAGUUCUAUACUUGUAUUUUUUCUUGUUCUUUACCUUUAGUGCAGUUAUCUGCAUCUAUAUCGUUGAUCUGGCUGUUUCUUACUUAGUAACAAUACAGAUGCAAGGAAGUUGAAAACAAUACAGACAGCCUUUUUUUAAUCUGAGUCCUUUUUGUAAUAGAUUGAGUAAAGCUGAUACCAUACCAAGCUAAUGCAAACAACAAUAACCAUCACUCAUUGAAAGACCUCAGUACUGUCAGCCCUCCCAGAUACACCAGAUAAGAAACACUAGAUGCCAUGACUCAGUUUCCAGACUGAGAAACUUCAUCAACAUAUCACCACACAAUUUGGGGAGGACACCCUGAGGUUGGUGUGAGAGGAAUCAGUACAUUCCAGUGACUUGUUCAGACUGAGAAAGCUGCUUGGAUGAGCAGCAAAACAUCUCAAACCAACAAGGAAAUAAAUCCAGUUGCCAUGACUCAAUUUCCAGAUGACAAGAUGAACUAAUUCUACUUUAUUGUAAGACUACAAUAAGAAAAUCUUGUAAGUCUAAAAGUACAGUGGUAUAUUGAUACUCAUUAUUAAAUGGUUUGGAGAGGCAUGACAAGUACUAAAAAUGAUGAGUGCCAAACAAACCACAUGACUUAUCAUGCAACUCUUUGUUUUGGCCAGGAAGGACUUCCUGUUUGUCCCUUUUCCUAUGUCAGUGACCUUCUCAGUUUGGCUGACUUCCUGUCCGCUCUCCACAGCUACCCCCCCUUUCACAAUCGCAGUUCAUCAAGUACCAGACAAAGAAUGAAUAUUGGGACAACAUUUUUUUGUCAAAAUGUGUUGCAUAGCAAAUUUAACGAGUUUUGAAGCUGUUGAGCACCGAGGUAUCAUUGUACAAACUUCUCGCCACCAUUGUUUAUUCCUUGAGCCUUUAAAGCCGGGUUUUCCUAAGUUUCUUUGACUGUUAAGCACUGGGGGCUCCUGACUUUCUUGUUGGAUUGUUUCCUAAAUAGCAUAUCUUCCCCAAGAUUAUUACACAUUCCAUUACAGUACUGAUAUAUUUUAUUUCAUGCUUCCUUUAUUGUAAAUUGUAUAUAUGUUGAAGUUGCUACAUGUGCAGUAAACUAAUAAAGAUGCCAUCAUAAAAUUUAUAAUAGUAAAAAGUGACAAAUAUAGAAUUUGGAAAUUCUAUAGGUGCAUUUUUUCAUGUUCUUAAACUUAUGCAAUGAAACACAAUCUUGUCUAUCUGUAUGGUCUUUUAAGAGUCAAUCCUGACUUGAUAGUACAUAAUUAGUUCUGCAUAUGAUACUGAUCUACAGGGUAGAAUCAUAGAAGGAAUAUCAACUACUAUUUAGUCUGACUACCUGCUUGAAAUAGCAUAUUUAUAUUUCUUGUUAUUACAGAAUUGCAUGUUUAGAUGUUAUUUUGUAGAAGUUGUGAAGCCACAAAGUAUUUCUAUGUAGAAAUGAAAGGCGACACUAAUUUUUUUACCAUCUGCAGGAUGCUCAUGUUGAAUCAUAAUUUUCAACAUAAAUGUUUCAGGGCGGCUACAGAAAAAAAGUCCUUGAAAACUCUUUUUGAACGAAUAGAAUAGAUUUUCUGUGAAGAAGUUUAGAUGCUCAUUCUUCUAUUAUACAAUACAGACCUUUAGCUAAACCUCUGUUCUUGUGACAGUGAAAACAGUCAAAUUAGAAUAAUUGCGUAAUAUAGCUUAAAAGAAAGUUGUGAUUAUCUUUUUUUGACAAUAAUUAGUGAAUAAUGUUUUUGGGGUUGAAAUUUUCUGCCAAAAUUCAUAUCCAAUUUUGCUAAGAAGAUUGACAUAAGAAUAAAUAGUAUAAUUUUUAGUGGAAGAGAAUUAGAAAAAAUAGUAUAUUAAAUCAUUUAGGGCUCAUUCUUUGCAAAGUUUCAGCCAAAUAUUUACUUCUAUACACAGUGCGGUGGCAUAUAAGAAAAGAAAAUAAAUAUUUGAGAAUCAAGUUCAUACAUAAAAGUUAAAAUGGAAAGAAAAAGCUUAGUAUCGAUAUUUUACAGUGACAACUUCAGAAGCAGUGCAAUUCAAUGAAUAGAUAAAAAAAAUAAGGCAAUAUUACAUCUAUUUAUGUAGUAGUAUGCCCAAUCAAUGCCAUGUGAUAUUUUCCGGAGUAUAUAUUCAUUCAACUGCAGAGCUUCUGAAAUUGCCAUUGUAAAAUAUUGAUAGGAAGCUUUGUUUUCUUUCCAUUUUAAAUUUUAUGUAUGAAGUUGGCAGGUUAUAUUAAUUUGAUUUCUAGUUUCGUAUUUAGUAUUGUAGUUAAGGUGAAGCAAAACAAAUCCUGCUAUAAAAAUAAAUCCAAAUCUUCUUAGUUGAGUGGGAAAUGAACAUUUUUCAUAUCCCUCUUAACUGGGAGAAAAAUUCUCAUCACAAAACAAUCCUUACCUUCAGAUUACACCUGGCUUUGCAUAACAUGGUAGGCCAAAAUAUGUUGUGGGAAUGUGGUUUAUUUAUAAUUGAAAAUAUGAACUAAGAAAAUGGGUUAAUUUAGCAAAUUAUGUUUCAGCUGAUCACGAGUGUUGUGUGAGCAAAGCAAAAUGCUAUUGCUUAAUGCAUUGUAAACCGCCCUGAGCCUCCGGAGAAGGGCAGCAUAUAAAUUAAAUUUAAAAAAAUAAAAAAAUAAAGAGACAUGGGGCCACAAACAAACAUUUUUCUAUCUACAAUUUCUGAGGGCCACCCAUUAGAUUCAGAAGAAAAUUCUUGAAAAUGACCCACUGCACAUACCAGAAUUGGAAUAAUGUGUGUAAGGUAAAUCCCUACUAUUAGGGUCAAUGCUUGGGAUUGGCUUUACGGUGUUCCACUGAAAUGUUUUCUGUAAAAGAAUUCUCUAGAAUCAAUUCUUGCCUCCAAAACAAUAAUGAAGAUAGAGAAAAUAAGAUCCUUAUGUGUGUAUCCUGUAACCUACCUCUUCAGAUUCCAAAAGGGCUCAUAAAUGGUCUUUUUGGAGUCAGAAGAAUUGGUAAAAUGAAAUAAAGUUGCACUUCCAGUAGGUUUGAUUCCUACUUUCCCAUAAAUAAAGUCGCAUACCUGUGUGCUAGAUGGUAUAAGAUGGUAUGAAAAUUUAUCUUUCUAGAAAUGGCAGAAUUAUGUUACUCAAGCAAGACAAUUCAGUUAUUUUUUCUGUUAAGUAUUCAGAGAUUAUUUUUAUUCAUAUUCAGGUCAACACUAUUUAAUUAUAGUCUUUCAUUAUAUAGUAUAAUUGAUAAUGUUUCAGUGCACGGGGCACUUUGCUUCUUAUGUAGCUAUAUACUCUAUCCAGUACAUAUUUUUCUUUUAAAAAAUCAGAUUUGUUUAAACCUAAACAAAUAUAAUGCAUUGUACUCUUUGAAUUGUUUAUAUCAAAUGUUGAAUGGGCUGGACCCAUUAAUGUAUGGAAUGUUAUAAUCUAUUAAUAUUGUUUGCUCUAUUAAUAUUGUUUGCUCCAUAUAAUAAUUGUACAAUUUCCAACAAGAUUUGAGCCUAUAACAAUGUUUUAAUUUAACCUCUAGUAAACAAUACUAAUAAAUGUUUGUAAUUUCUGUGACAUGGUCUUUCAUAGAUAACAAAAAUUAAGUGUUAACUGAAGAACAGUUCUUGCAAGAUUCUUCAUGGAUAACAUAACCUAUUCAUUAUAAUAUGUUAGACAUCACUUGGAUAAUCUUAAAAUAAUUGAGAUAACCGACUGUGAAGUCAUCUUAGAUGAUCUCAAAAAAAUCUGAAAAUGUAGAUAGGGUUCUAGAUGAUAUGGGCUCUGCUACUUAUGGCUCAACUCAUUCCUGCCUGGCUACUUAAAACAUCUACAGAGGCAGGCAUAUAUGGAAAUGGAAAGUAAUUAAUAUUCUUUAUGAGAGAGGAUUGUGCUGUCAGCUUUGAAAUAAUAUACCCCCUCCCCUAAGAGAUCAUCUCUAAAUAUGGCUGCGUUAGACAACAUUUUUUCAACUUUCCUUAUUUUGGUGAAGAUUCUGGAGAAGAUAGUGAGAUUUCAAUUAGGAAGUCAUAAUGAAACAGAUAACCUGGAUCUCUUUCAAUCAAACCCAAGCUUGGUUGUUAUUAUCAAAUGUCAUUGGUUACUCUCAGAUUGAUUAUUUUUGUUAGGGUUGAAUGAUGCAGGCAGAGCAGGAUAUCCCUCUUAAUCCUGUUAGACAUCUUUGAUGCUAUCAAGUGCAGAAUCUUUGUAGACUGCCUGCAGAAUUUGGGAGUGGGAGGCAGUGGGUUUUAGUAGUUCUCUCCUUACUCAUACUCAGUCAUGGAGAAGGAACAAUUGAACCCAUGAUCGCACUAACGAGCAUCACAGGACUUGGCCCUCUGCUCCAUGGUAUUUAAUAUCUGCAUAUUUCUAUCCCAAACCAGGCCAGAGAUGCCAUGUAAAUUUUGAUCUGGAGUCUAUUGGUCCUUGAUAACACCAAAGAAGCUCAGAUUGAAUCCCAGCAAAUUAAGCUGUUCUUUCUUUAAAAAGUAAGAAAGCUGUAAUCUUGAACUAAUCAUUAUUCUAGAUAGGGGUAACACUUUCUCUGAAGGAGCUACUCCACAAUUGGAUGGUUCUGUUGCACUUUACAACUCCUGCUAAACAACAGGUAGAGAUUACGGUCAGGACAGGUUUCAUCCAUUACACCUUAACUGAGAGACUCUGACAAUAGUGACUCAAAACUUCAGAAAGAUUAUUAUAAUACGCUCUUAAGUGGGAUUUUCUUUGAUGACAAUACAGAAACAGCAGUUGGUACAAAAUAUGGUUGGACUGUUAGUGGGUAAGAGUCACUCCUGUAAUUGUUUUGUAAUGCCGCUAUUGAUUAACAAUAAAUUUUCAGCUGCAAUCAUUGGUGCUAGUUUUGCCCUAUAAAAUGAUGGCUUGGUUCCAAGUAUUUGAAGAACUAUUUUCAAAAUAAUUCCGCUCUUUCCAUGCACAUUUCCAGAAGGGAAUGCUUGUAAUUCAGUUGAAGUAACAUGGAUAGUUGGGCCCAAACAGUCCUACCUUGUGAUAGCAUCAAAGUUGUGAAAUACCUUGCCACUGAAAGUUUGCCUGAUUUUCUAUUGGUCUUUAAUAGCACUGCCAAGACAUUUCUACUCAAACAGGCAUGGGGAAGUGAUUUGGACUGAUUGAUCUGAUUGGGGAAUUCUUAUUUCUUAUAGUGUUAAUUUUACAGUAAAAUUGAGCCAUAUGUUUUUAUUAUUAUACCCUUUGAAGGUUAAUUUGGUUGUUUUACAAUAUUGAUAUUGUAAUUUGCCAAGUUGUUGUAUUAGCAUAGUAGUGGUUUAUUAUGGGAUUUCAUAAUUUUUAAUUUAGUCAGAGUCUAGGAUCCUGGGCAGCAUAGAACUGCAUGUAAUAAUUUCCUGAAGACCAUAAAAAGUGAUCUCAAAGUUCAUACUUCUACCAUUUUGCCCAAUACAGUAAUAGAUAUGAAGUUGAAUAUAAAAUCCUUAUAUGAGAUUUGGAAGUGAGCUGAGUCAAUGAAAGGCCUCAUCCAGCAUUCUUAUUCCAUUAUUCCAUACUGACCAAUUAUGUCAUGUGGCUACAGAAAGUCAAUAAACAACAUGUAAUGGCACCUUCUGUCUGAAAGCUUCUAUUUGGAGAAGAAAGUGGAUGGAAGAUGAGUCUUAAGGAGGUUCUCCACAUCCUUCACACAAACAGCAUCUAGCCGAAGAAAUUGGCUCAUGGAUUUUAUGGAGUUAACAGUAUUUACCUCUGUAAUAAAGGAAAAGGCUAAUCUCAUAUAACCGAUAAAAAUGACAAUACUGUAUAGACAAAUUAUAUUUUUGUUUUGCUACAAUAUUGAAAAAUAAAACAGCUAAAAUGUCAUA